AUGUUUGUUUUAAGGAAUGAGAUCCUGGUUGUCAAGGAGCACUUAGGCGUCCUGCGUCUGAAGACCCGAGCACCCGGUAUCUUCAACUACUCCUUUGAGAACGAAGUCCGGAUCUCCAUCAACGACGUUUUAGUGUCUCACGGAUUGACCAUGGUUUUCAUAGUCGAUAAGAGGCAGCAACGUCUCUAUCUGAUCACAUGCAGAAUGGAGGAGCCUCUGGACUCUAUUAUUGUCCGCGAGCUCGCUGUUCCUCGCUUCAAUGAACAGUGGUUAGAUGCCUGCCACACGAAUCAUCUCGUCGGUGUUCUAAACGCAGACUCAAAGCUCACUAUUUUUGAGUGGAAAUUUGGCAAAGACCGGAAGCCGAUGCUAAGUAACGUGCAGGCUGUUUCCACUGGCAGCCUGCACGCACAAGGCUUUGUUAUACCGAAAAACAUGAAGCUCACCGACGCGCCUAUUUCUGCAAAACUCCUGGCAUGCAACGAAUGCAUCUAUUUAAUUCAAACAGUGAAAUAUAAGGUCUGCUUGAAUGAAGACACCGCAGAUCCCUCUGAAGCUCUCAGUGGCUUAGCUGAAGUUCACACCGUGUUUCUUCUUGAAAAGAUACUCGGGGAGUACACCCUUAUCCCUAAGUUUUCCUUCUCCACCAAGGUACCAUUGACACUCAUCUAUUCAACAGCCGUUGACAGGUCCAGCUUGACAGGAACGUCUCCAUACAAGGGAAGUCUAAGAGAAAUGCCUAUUCUUAUAAGAUUUAUUUUUAAUAAUUACAUAAUUGACCUAGAUUGUCGCAAUUACAAAUAUAGCAAAUAUCUCGUUAAGGAUCUGAGCGCACGGAUAAACAAUGUGCUCUUCAACAAUAGCAAGAGGAGAGGCAUGCCGUACUUCUUCAGCAGAAACGAAGUCGUCUUUUCCGAUUUCACUAGAUACGAAAUCUACAAGGACCUGCCCGUGGCAGAGCUUAUCUCUGGUCUAUCAGAGGUCGAUAUGGACGCUUCUGCCAUUACCGUUCAGAGCUUCUUGGCAAACACCGAGGGCCCAGAUAUUAGUGUGUUUAAGGAGCGGGUGCGUACCCUAGACUUUGAGCCUCAUCUCCAGUUGGCAGCAGAUAUAGAUUCAUCUAAUGUCAUAGCCACUGGGAGUGUUGACACCCUUGCAAGCGACGUUCUUCCAGCUAUCACGCCUCUAGAAGGUACAGCAUCCACGCUGAGACCGUCUGUCGCCCUAGAGCUUGAUUCCCAGGCAUCUGUGCCUCCAGGGGAUGACAGUCUUGGUAUAUCUAUCAGCACAAAUGUCGCGUUGGCAGGGACUGUGCCGAGCAUUACAGGGUCGGACCUACAGAUGCCACCUCAGAUGCAGAUUUCUUACUGCGAUAGUCACACCGUGAAUGAACACAUACUUUCUGAAAGCAUAGGUCGGAUUCAAACUCCACAGAAUGACCAGCAGAAAUCACUGACCAUCCACCAGUUAAAACGGUCCAUUGAUACAGAUAGUCUGAAUGCAUCUGUGCAGCACCUUGGUCUCAGCCAGGGUCUCGGCUCAGCAAUCACCGAUAUCUCCACAACCCUGCACAACCUUCUGGAGCGCCAAACAUAUGUUGAAACGGUCAUACUACAGGAACUAUCGACCUAUCGGCAUGCAUAUGAGUACUUUGAUUUGCGGUUUGCACGUCUAGAGUCGAUGGUGGAAGCUCUCUGCGCAACAGAAGGUCUGGGAGUAGAUCCGCUGAGUGGGAUACCAGCUGCAUUUGUUCCUACAGAUGGACUCUAUGAUCCAGCUGAUCCAGCAGAGCCGCCAAAGAUUCGCCGAAUCCAGGAUUCACGCGAGCUCAAGGAGAUACGCGAGCUCAAAGAGCUGAGGAUUUGUGACUCUUUCAUCGACGGUGCUUCAAGAGAUCGCACAGAUGCGGUGGAUGAAAUUAAAAGUGUUCGUGACGAGAUAAGGAAGAUGCUGACCAGUGCUCUUAGUCGACAAGCGCAGCCAAAGACAUCUAUUCUUUCUGAUAGCAUCCCAGCUCCAAGUGGGGUCUCGCCGCUCCCCGCUCGGAAUCCCAUGACGUCUAGUAUGCCGCCCUUACCUCCUAGGCCCAAAUCAGCAGCAAUACAUGCACAGCCUCCACGAGCCCCGUCGUCUCUCAAACCCAGCUCGUCGUGCGGGGAUCUUUCUGCUAGCCUCCCGGUGUCACUGUCUCCUCGUACCACUAAAGCCAAAGUACCCAGACAGCCACAGGUGCCAAACAUGGCAAGCUUCAAUACCUCACUAGACCAUUUUAUCAAGACCUUUUCCUUUUCGGGGCCCAUAAUCGCCUCUCCGUCUAUUCCAUCACUUCAAAAGACAAGCACAUACUUGUCCACACUCUUUUCUUUACUAAACUCUGGAUGCUACAUGUCUGCAGAGAAAGUCCCCCAGGCAUUUGUUAACAACGAUACAUUGCACGCCUUCAGUACACGUCCAGACAACUACCGAACGCUGACCCGUGAUGACUACCCUACUCUCUUAACCAUGUUUAUCAGCGUUGUGGACUUCAUCACACAGUUUUUCAAGUUGAACAUCUUCGACAUCCUAUUUGACAACACUGCAGGCCUGAAUCUUGAUAUUGAUGGCUACUCGUUUCUCUCUAUUAUGCAGCAGUCUGUAAGUACCGCGAGUGUCUGUCGAAAAAACAGCGUAGUAGAUGAGGACGAGGAACCGCUGUCUCUCGAGAAUAUCUUCGUGCGUGAGACCAACUGUCUUACUGAGCUUCUCUGUGAGGAUGGUAUCGAUACGAUACACGAGAAGAUUGUAACAAGCGGGCUGGUAAAUCCCAUCGUCCUGCGUUUUCUGAGAGCCAAUCCAUUUAUAAAGCAGAUACCGGCCGAAAAGAUGAUACAGUUUCUAGAAAUAGCGUACUCUCAAAUCCUCAUGAAGUGGAGCAAGAAGCUGGAACUGUACAUAAUUAAGCUCAUGAAGCCCCUGUUUUUCACAGUGUUUCCGCGUGUGUUUACUCGCAACACAAGCUACGCCAGUCAAGCUCUGAACGUCCCGUCCUCCUAUGAGUACAUGGAUGUCAUCUGGCUAUCGUGCCUUCAGUACAUGCAUCUAUUUGUUCACCAGCUACACAUUGUUCCAGACUCUAACAAGGAGUUUUACGAAGGCUAUGAAAGGAGCUCAACUGAUAGUGACAAGGUCUUGGUGUCUCCAGCAUGGCAAGACAAAAAGGGAGUGACUAAGGUGCCUCCGGUGUUUGUUUAG